AUGAUGAGGUUGCUCAUCUUCUUUCUAUUCCUCAAAGCUUUUCAUGCUAAAGAAUGCUAUGUUGAGCCAUGUACAAGAGAUAUCCUCUUCAGUCUUGACAAUUCAAUUAACAUGGAUAGUACGACAAACGUUGCUGAAGAAAUCAAUUUUGUUGAAAAAUUGACGGCUAACUGGACACUUCAUCAGAAUAAAGUUCGAACUGCCUUGUUUGGAUAUCUGUUUGUUAAUAACUAUCAAUAUUCAUCUUACAUUGAUGAUAGAACAGAUUUCCAAUCCAAACUGGACAAGUUACGAUCUCAAUCACAAGGAUAUGGUUUGUGGGAGGGAGGGUUAUCUGAAUCACUCGAUGCCAUAUACAAGUAUUAUGUGAAAGGGACCAGAGCACCUCCUCGCACAGGAGUUCAAAAACGAAUUGUUGUAUUCACUAGUGAAACAGAUCCGACAGAAUUCCAAAACUCAAUUGCACCAGCCAAUAAGAUAACAUCUUCUGGUUUUGAGCUUUCUUUUGUUUCUAUGAAAGCUCCUGUGUCCUCCUUCGCUAAACUGACUGUCCACAAAGUUGUCCAAAUCUCCUUUAAAACAUUGAAAAACCCACCACCGUCCAGUUACAACACUUUGAUGAAUGAACUGAUCUGCUUCAAUGAAGAUGGAUACACUACACCAGCACCUCAGACCUGUACAACAGUUAAAGCGUCUCCCACAACUGCAAAACCCAGAGUUACAAGUGUGGCUACCAAUGUUCCAGUAACUGAUCCAAAUAUACCAGCAACUCGCAAGCCAAAACCAACUAAGAAACCUGUUGAAACAGAAGCGGAAUACAUGAACUGCUCAUGCGAUCCUACCAACCUCUACGUGAACGUCGCCUUCUGCAUUGAUAACUCUGCUGGAAUGCAAGCUGAUUUUACUUCUGUACAAGCCAACAUCCAUACCAUCGUAUCUCCUAUGAACUUCGAUCAAACAGACCAACAAUCCGUCAGGGUUGCCCUUCUGACUUUUUCGGAUACGGUGCAACUUGAAAUUCCAUUCGAUUCUUACAACGACUCUUAUGCAUUCAUUGACAAGAUGUGGUCACUCAAAGCAAACGAUGUCACGGAUGCUGACAUCGCAGAAUGUCUUCGUAAAGCUUCCGAACAAUUUGAAAAAACCAAUCGCCCAACAGCGAAGAAUGCUAUCGUCAUAUACAGUAGUUCUUAUCAGAGUGGUGGAUUCGAUGAUCCCAAAGUUUUAGCAAAUUCCAUAAAGGAGAGUGGAAUUGAAUUGAUUACGAUAGCCGUAGUAACGAGAAACACGGGAGAUGAAUCGUUGCAAUUAUCUCAAAUAGCCAGUCCGCGCAUGAACUUCACCACGGAAGAGUUUGAUGAAGUGGAAGAUGUCACAGAUGCUUUAUGUCAAGUGAACUGCUUCUGCCCAAACAACUGGAUUCAACUAACAAUUGACAAUAGACGAUUUGGUGAAUGUUAUAUCUUAGAUACGAUUGCUUCCAAUUGGAAUACUGCUCAACGAGUGUGUUCAGCUUUGGAUAAUCGCGAAGGCUUUCUUGUAUUCAUAAAUUCAAAUGAAAAAAGAAAGGUUGUUGACAAAGCAGCUGAAAAAUAUUACGAAAGAAUGGGACUGGAUGAUAUCCUGCCAUAUCAUAUAGGAUUACGCAACAUGUCAGGAAUUUGGGAAUGGACACAUGUAGCCAUAACAGAUAUCCAAUAUGUAGCGUGGGAUAACAUGUAUCCAAAGGUGAAUGCAGGUGAUUGUGUAGUUGCCGUUCCCAACAAUCAAACAUUCGAAACUAUUUGGAGAAAUGCUAACUGCAAUACAUUUGAUGCUCACUCAAUGUGCAUGACAACUACUUGUGACACCCAAACUUACUGCUCCUUUGGAUGA